GGAACAUGUCGCUCUAUCAUGAAGCGGCAGAGAUAUUGACGUCAUCAUCAGAUACCGGUGGAAGCUUGAAAUCGCGAGUGUUUGGCAAGAAAAAGGGCAAGGCGCCGCCGGGACAGCUGUAUGCCCUGGUGCUGGAGACUGCGAAAUGGAGUCCUGUGUUGAAGGAGGUGAUUGAGAAGGCGGAUAUACUAAGAUUGGAACGAAAGCUCACUCCUACGCUAGCUUUGCUACUGGUCCAUGAUCUAUUACUCGCCAAGGGAGGAAUCGCACUGCCCCAGAGCCAUGGACUGAGAGCAUCAGUUGAACGCCACAAAGGCCGUCUCAGCUCAGAAUUCACCCUGGCGAGGCUACGCAGAAAGGCCCCGACAAUAGAGGCCCUCCGAGAACAAGUCGAAAGGGCCUCUGCGGGCGAAGAGGCCAACUACCCGCGAUGGGUGCGCGUCAACGCCCUGAAGAGCAGCGUCGAAGAACAGCUAGAGACGACCUUUGCAAAACACACCCGCGCCGAUAGCAUCCAGGACAUUGUCACCAAGGGCGGAAGGCACAUCUACAUUGACCCCCAUGUGCCGAACCUGCUGGCCGUCUCUCCCGGCAUGGACUUUGCAAAAGUGGAGGCUUACACGUCUGGAAAGAUCAUCCUGCAGGACAAGGCGUCGUGUUUCCCGGCGUACUUGCUGGAUCCGCGGUCAGAGGAUGGAGAUGUCAUUGAUGCCUGUUCUGCGCCGGGAAACAAGACUACGCAUCUUGCGGCUAUACUCUACCAGCAUCGACCGGAAUUCGAAGAUGCGCCUCAGACUAUUUUCGCUUUCGAGAAGGAUUCGAGAAGGGCGAAGACGCUGGAGAAGAUGGUCAACAUUGCUGGCUCGAAACCCAUUACGCGCAUUGGGUUUGGGCAGGAUUUCCUGCAGGUUGAUCCCUUGUCUGAAAAGUACAAGGACGUGGGAGCUCUGCUGCUGGACCCAAGUUGUUCGGGAAGUGGCAUCGUUGGCCGCGAUUCGAUGCCAGAGCUGCACCUCCCGGAUCCGCCGGCGGACAACCGUGGUGGCAAGGCAAAGCCAAACCAAGCCAAUGCAAACAAGAAGAAGAGGCGGCGUGACGAGGCGGAGGAGCAGGCACAAAACGUGUUGGUCGACGAUGACGGAAACGAGACGGUAGUCAAGUCAGAAAAGGACCUAGAAGCGCGGCUAGAGGCUCUCUCGGCAUUUCAGCUGACACUCCUGCUACAUGCGUUCCGGUUCCCGCGAGCAAAGAAGAUUACAUAUUCGACGUGCUCGAUCCACUCGCAAGAGAACGAGCGCGUCGUCAUCCGAGCUCUAGCGUCAGACAUUGCCAAAGCCAAGGGGUGGCGCAUCCUGCGACGGGAGGACCAGGUGAGCGGCCUCAGGGACUGGCCCGUCCGGGGGCUGGUGGAAGCCGCAGAGGGCGACGAGACGGUUGCGGAGGGCUGCAUACGAUCGUACAAGGGGGACGGCAGAGGCGUAAUGGGCUUCUUCGUCGCUGGGUUUGUGCGGGAUUCAGUCGACGCAGGGGCUCAUGAUGAGUCUGGACCGUAUCUCCGUGACGACGAUGGGCGGAUCGUGCGGGAUGUUGUUGGGAUGCCGGUGCUCAAGUCCACGGGGAAAGCUGUUGCGCUCCGGGAUGGGGCAGACGAGGAAGAGAAUGAUGAUGAUGAAGAGGAGGAUGAGGAUGAGGAUGACAUCGAUGACGAGAAUGAUGGUGAUGACGGCGGUGAGGACGAGUGGGAAGGCAUUAGCGAUGCGUAG